AUGUACAUCAAAAGGCCACCGUCGACCAAUGAUCAAUACUCAUCUAGAUCUUUGGCUUUUUUGCACAAACCGCAACGUGUCUCUCAGACAAAACCUACAUUUCCCGAAGAUUCUGUAAAGCGGAACACAGAUUUGAAUCGUGGAGCUAUUAGCAUCGAUCAUGAAACAGCGGACUAUUUUUCAACAGUUCCAACACGCCCUAUAUUUCAGGGUGAUGAGGAGCUCACUGCUUCGCCUUUGAGAGUGGAUCCUUAUUUCCCAAGUCAAAGAGACGUGGGUCCAAAUCUCAGUCCAAAUGAACCAGAUGAACUCGUCAAUGCACCUCCACUUGUGCGUAAGAAAAGUGGUGAAAUUGUAAAACCCAAUUUGAAAAUGGCCCAAAGAUCUCGAUCUCUGCCCGCCACUCCAAGUGCGCGGGAACCAGAUGGGGGACUUGAGAUACCAUCAUGGGGGCCUAAACGUAGUAAAAGUGUCCACUUUGAUCAGCGCGACGUGGUGUCGUUCAAAUACUUUCGGCAGGACGACUCUCCACAGGACGUUGCUUCUCAAGACGUGCUAGAAGGUCCGCUUGAUGAUACCCAAUGUAAGCCUUUAAUGAUUACUGACGUCAAAGACGCGAGCUUAGAUUCUGAUGAUGCGGCACCCGCGGAUCUAACGAUGACCAUGUCAAAUUUACGACUCGAGAAAAAAGCGUCAAACGGGUUUGGUUUGAGAAGAAGCAGACGUUACCAAAAACUCAAGAACAAUGGGGUCGCUAACAGUACCGCGAUCAGUGAACCGGGUUUGUAUCAUGAAAACUUCCCAAUUCUAAACGUGGGUGAUCGUACCAGCCUAAAAUUGAACAUCUUUCUCAAUAUUGCGAAAAGUAGCGACUGCUUUCUUCAAGAGUUAUCCCUGGUGUCCGAUCAGCACUACUUGACUGGUCACAUUUUGGUCAAAAACAUCUAUUACGAUAAAAAAGUGGUUGUCAAGUAUACACGCGAUCGUUGGCGCACAGCAAAUGAAGUAGAGUGCGUGUGGAUUAGCAGUGGCGAUGAUGUUCUACCUGGGAAAGGAAUGGAUCGUUUCAAGGUAGUAAUCGAUUUGGCGACUAUGUACAACGGGGCGAAACGUGACUCUGUGACUAGUAAUACUUCGUCUACCCUGGUUUUGGCAAAUUCGGUUGCCAGCACUUUUGCUACCAUGAGACUUGAGUUCUGUAUUCAGUACACGACUCGCAAUGCAUAUGAACGGCUGGUGAGUUGGGAUAAUAAUAGCGGGCGCAACUAUGUUAUUGAAGUAGUGACGCCUAAGCCACGCAUGGGUUUCACUGAUCCUUUCGGUGGUGAAUGA